AUGGAGGUUUUAAGUCGUAUCCUGAAGAAAACUGAGGAAGGGGGUUUCAUCCAGGGUUUUCAUGUGGGUCUUGUUAAUUCUACCAGUAUCCGUGUUUCUCACCUUCUAUUUGCUGAUGAUACCAUUCUUAUCUGUGAUGCCUCUAGAGAGCAGAUUCUUUCUAUUAGGCUGGUUUUGACUUGUUUCCAAGUUUUUACUGGUUUGAAGGUGAUUGUGGGGAAAAGUGAAAUUGUCCCUAUUGGGGAGGUGCGUAACAUUCAGUCUUUGGCUAAUAUCCUUCAGUGCAGGGUAGGCAGUUUGCCUAUGAUUUACUUGGGUAUGCCAUUGGGUUUUUUGUACAAAACAGCCUCUAUUUGGAAUCCGAUCCUUGAGAGGAUGGAAAAGAAGCUUUCUAGCUGGAAGCGACUCUAUUUGUCAAAGGGUGGUAGACUCACCUUGCUGAAGAGUACCUUUUCAAGCCUUCCGACUCUAUUUGGAACGCAUUCAAAGGAAUUUCUUGUGGGGUUCUUCAGUUGA